UAAAGAAUCAUUUUAGUGAUUCGACUCUUUCACAUUCAGCACGUGUAACCGCCCUGUCGUUGAUUCAUUUCCCCUAAGUGUUUUGUUCCUCACAGAUUACAGGUUUAAUUCAACUGCUUGACUGUGCAGCUGCUGAUGUUAUCAACACAUCUUGACGACAUGAGAGCGACAACAGCAGAGUAGAACCCCAAGAAAAGACAAAGAGAGAGAGAGAGAGAGGAAAAGAAAGAGACGGAGAGAGAGACAGAGAGAGUGCGACUUGUCCUUCAGCGGUGUACCAUAGAAGGUGGUUUGUGGGUUUGGGCUUCUGUUAUGGAUCUGCAGUAACGUGCUGUCUGGGGGCGGGACAUCCCCUCGCUCAUCUAUUAAUCAUCUUACACUAGCCAAUCACAGGGUUUUAUGAGCUCCUGUAUGUAGUAAAGGUCGCUCUUUAGAAAAGCACCAUGACGUCUGCUGUCCCACCGAAGAGGAUGGUGUCCUCUGUCUUCAUUACUCUGACAUCUCCAUACAGGGCCACGGUCACUCCCACGCCGCAGAUCACGCAGCACUCGGCCGUCCCAGUCAGUCCCACCACCGCACACACUAAGCCCUCCGCUUCCUCCACCUCGGCCCUGGAGUCGGGACACGGCGCCUCCUCGGCUGAAGCUCAACCCAGUACUCUGGAGCUCCGCAAAACACACAGCAACAAACCUGACAGUACACACACACCAUACAGAGCCAAGAGAGAGGAGAAACACUCUGAGGGGUUCUUCCUUCCUCCACCCCCUGCAUCUCUGGGCUCUUCUGAAGCCCCGCCCCUUCCUCUGCCUCCUCCACCACCCAGCUGCCCCUUUUCUGACCCCAACCACGAGCCACCGGCCUCCAUACGCAAGGUGUGUGUGGAGAGAGCGCCUCCUGCUGGUCAGAGUCAGAGCCAGGUGACUGCAGGAGCUCACACCGAGGAGGGGAUUACACCAGAUGUGUGUGGCUUCUGUCGUAAGCCCGUGGCUGUCAGCGAGCCGGCGAUUGAGGCGUUAAACAGGACGUACCACAGUAACUGCUUCCAGUGCCGACAGUGUCGCACUGCUCUCGCUGGGAAAACCUACUACAACAAGGCCGGGAUCCCUCUGUGUGAGGACUGCUACCAGGCCAGUUUGGAGCCGUGCUGGGCGUGCGGUGAGGUGAUUAAAGAUCAUGUGAUCCGAGCGCUGGAACGAGCCUAUCACCCACCCUGCUUCGUGUGCACCACCUGCAGGCAGCCAAUCGGAGAGCAGCGUUUUGCCCAGGGGGAGGUGGGGGAGGUGUACUGCCUGCACGACUACUACAGGAAAUACGCACCUGAGUGCAGUGUGUGUGGAGAGCUGAUAAUCCCAAGAGAAGACGGGACGGACAGCUACACAGUCGAGUGUCUUGGACGAUCUUUUCAUGAGGACUGCUACCGCUGUGAGCUGUGUGCGAUGCUUCUCUCCCCGGAGCCCAAUGAACACGGCUGCCACCCACUGGACGGACAGAUCUUGUGCAAACCCUGCCAUCUGUCUCAGAUCCAGACGACUCAGCACUGAUCCUGCUACGUGAGGCUUCACGCCAAAGCACCACAGACCCGAUCCACGCUGCAAGAAAAUGAACAAUAGUUUCUGUCCUUAUGCCCAAUGUUCUCGUCCAAAAACACUAGAGCUUCGAUUCUAACACACUUUAUGUGAGGAAAAAAAAGAUUAAUGUGGAUUAAUGUACCAAAAUCCACCAGAAACACCAAAUAUCUCUCUCUCUCACACACACACACACACACACACACAGCUUGUCAGAAACACAUUCAACUGGAAAAUAAAAACAGCUAUAAUAAAACGCUUAACAUGGAAUGUGUUUAAACAAUUUUACAAGAUGAGACAAGUAACAGUUUAGCUUCUACAGGCUAAUUAACUAGCGCUGCAACUCAUAUUGUCACUGAUUAAAGGAAUCAUUUGUUUCAGUUUACAGUUUAGUAGCGAUUUAGUCAUUCCUCAAUAAUUCAGUUGUAAAUAAACACCACUAUACUGAUCUUAACGGUCCUUCGAGAAAUGAUGCCCACUGAGUCCAAAUACAGACAAUCAGCCAAGACGUGUCCACUGUCUGAAAUGUGCCUUUUUCAUUCUGUGCUGAAGCUACAGGGCUAAUAUUCAGCUAAUAGCUUUAGCAUUAGCAGUGUACAGUAGCCUGACUGGUUAUUCAUGGAAGUUUGUUUAAUUUUUCAGCUAAAACUUUUCUUUCAUUGCGUCUAGAAUGAUGAUUGUAUAAAAACUGCAGUACUGGGAAAAGAAUGCUGGGAAAAAUUGCUUCCUCCUCCUCUUCUUCUUUUUUUUUCCAAACAAUGAUUCCUUCAAUGUUAGCAUAUUUUUAUAUUUAGACUCAUUGCGGUUUCCUCAUUUCCUUUCAUUUUAUAGACGAUGUAACAGAACGUAUAUCAAACAUAUCCAGUGUAGUCAAAAUUAUUUUGCACUCUUUGUGUAAUCCGGUGCACCAAAGAUAUUUAUUCUACAUUAAACCAGAUUCCUGUUUUAUGUAGCACAGAUAUUGAAACCUAUGAAAAUGUUUUUUUUUUUCCUAAACAAUGGGAGAAAAUAAACUGAUAUGUGCCACAUUG